AUGGCGACCAGAAGACAGCCGUCUAGGGCCGUGGGGAGCAACCCCGUUCCGGAACCGAGUCAGCAGAACCCUCCCCGAAGCCCGCCGGGGAGGGCUCGGAGUCCGGAGGGCCCUCCGCCUCCUCCUGAUCGGAUAGCACUUCUGGAGGGUCAAGUACAACGAUUGACGGAGUUACUCAUGGGUUUUCUAGAUGGACAGCAUCAGCAAGCCCAGCACUCUCGGGCGGAGGAAAGGCGCGAGCCCCCAAGAGAAGAGGAAUCUUAUCGACGAGACGAGAAUCCGCAGAGGCCAGGGCCAGAGAGAAGAUUGCAGCAGCAGAUUGCGGCAGUUGGAGGAGGAGAUGGUCGCCCUAAAGCCAAGGACCGGAGAGGCUCAGGGACCAAGGAUAAAUCAGCCCCUUGGCCCAGAGAUCAUGGCGGCCAUACCACCAGAACGUCUCCGUAUCCCGGCCAUUAA